UCAGCCAAUCAGAUGUAGUUUAACAGCCUCCUGUCGGUUUCGAUAAUAAGGGUGAAAGGUUAUAUUGAAGGCUGCUGGGAUACAAGAUGGCGGUGCAUCAAUAAUAUUUUUUCCGGAAUCGGUGGAAAAUGUAUCUCUAAACAUGAAUUAUCGCCGUACCGUUUGCUUUGUUUGUAGCCUUGUGGUGGCGUCUGUCUUUGCUAGUGUGGGGAGUGCACAAGCUGACUCCCAAGUAUGCCCAGGAAUUUAUUGUGGCAAAGCUUUGCUGGUGAACAACACAUACUCCCAGUGUGGGGCUUGUCCCCGUGGCUACAUCAGUGAUGAGUCGUCCAUCUGCCAGCCCUGCGAUGACGUCCCAUCCUUCUAUGACUGGCUGUACCUCAGCUUCAUGGUGGUGGCCUCCAUCAUCCUGCACUGGUUCUUCAUCGACUGGUUCUCUAACAGACAGAAUAUUGUUCUGUUCUACAUCUCUGCGCUGAUUGAGUGUGUGGGAGCCGCACUGCUGACUCUCGUCAUGGUAGAACCAGUGGGUACCCUGAGUGUGAGGUCCUGCCACACACAGCGCCUGUCUGACUGGUACACCAUGUUGUACAACCCACAUCCUGGCUACACAUCCACCCUGUACUGCACACAGGAGGCUGUGUAUCCACUGUACACCAUGGUGUUCAUGUACUACGCCGUGUCGCUGUGUCUGAUGCUGCUGUUCCGCCCUCUGCUCUCCAACCGACUGUGCAAGAAUAAGGGCGCGGCCUCCAUCUACGCCGCCCUGUACUUCAUCCCCAUCCUCGUGGUGAUCCAUGCAGUAGGGGCAGGGCUCAUCUACUAUGCCUUCCCAUACAUCGUGAUUGUUGCUUCUGUACUGACAAAUGCAGUGUACUUUGCUCAAAGAGACAUCCAGAACGUCCGUCAGAUCGUGCGCAGUAAGCGGAACAUCCUGAUCCUGUGUGGACACUGGAUCAUCCAUGCCUUUGGGAUCGUCGCCAUCACUGGUCUGAAGGAACCGCUGAUCCAUGGCCCCCUCCUCUCACUCACACCCACUCCAGCCAUCUUCUACCUGCUCACAGUCAAGUUCACAGAGCCCAGUAAGUUCCAGGGAGGCCACUAGUCUGCCCAACAAAAUCAAAGCUUAUGGGUUAUGCCAGGGAAUGCAGUGAUGUUGUCAGUUGGUUUUUGGAAUUGGGAAAGUUUUGCCAACAGUUACAUGCAGUUUCAUGCCAUGAAACAACAAUAUAUACAUGUAUUUAAGAUUCAAGAGGAUUCCUGUACUGCCUAAGGUGCACAAGAUCAGUGUUGCUAAAGUGACAUCCAUUGGAUGGGUAGAGUUGUGUGUUUGUGCAUAGUCUUCCUGAUGUUAACAUGUACAAUGUACCAUUCAUUAUUGUAUAUGAUCAUGCUAAGAUAUUACUACAUGUGUAGUACUCAAGUAAGUAGGCCAACUUGUAAAUAUUUUUCAUAAUGUCUAAGAGUACCUUGGGAGUGGCCAUGUAUGGAGGACUGAUAUACAGUAUGUCGUAUCAAUAUUAUUAAGGGCAUGACUGGCUGUCAGGACAAAUAUUUUACUUCAUGUUGUAAGAAGAAAUGUGCAAUAUCUAUAGGUAUAUACAUGAAUGGUAGCAUGUUCAUGUUUGUGGGUUAUCCAUCAUAUGGUGUCGGCAAAGAUCAGACUUGCUUAGAACAGUGUAUAUGAAAAGGAUACCAACACAUAGACCCUUGUUGCAAUAGUAUGCUUAUUUCAUGAUGUGAUCAGCAUGUAGUGUACAUUAUGGCUUCUGAUGUUCAGUAGUCACUAUAUAAAACUUGAAACUGAUCAGAAAGAUA